GACCAAUGAGGAGGGGCAAGGGACUGGUUUGUGCGUUCUCACGCCCAACCCUCAGACCCAGCCCGGGGAAAGUUUCGCUUCUGGGAGGGACAGGAGCGAACAUGGCAGCGCGUUGGUGGCUUUGGUGUGUUUCUGCGACCGUGGCGGUGGCGCUGCUGCUCAUUUACGGGGUUCCCUCAGCAUCUGCCCAAAGAAAGAAGGAGAUGGUGUUAUCUGAAAAGGUUAGUCAACUGAUGGAAUGGACCAAUAAAAGACCUGUAAUAAGGAUGAAUGGAGACAAGUUUCGUCGCCUUGUUAAAGCCCCACCAAGAAACUACUCCGUUAUUGUCAUGUUCACUGCUCUCCAGCUUCAUAGACAAUGUGUUGUGUGCAAGCAAGCUGAUGAAGAAUUCCAGAUCCUGGCAAAUUCCUGGCGAUACUCCAGUGCAUUUACCAACAGGAUAUUUUUUGCUAUGGUGGAUUUUGAUGAAGGCUCUGAUGUAUUUCAGAUGCUAAACAUGAAUUCAGCUCCAACUUUCAUCAACUUUCCUGCAAAAGGGAAACCCAAACGGGGUGAUACAUAUGAGUUGCAAGUGCGCGGUUUUUCAGCUGAGCAGAUUGCCCGGUGGAUUGCUGACAGAACCGAUGUCAAUAUUAGAGUAAUUAGACCCCCAAAUUACGCUGGUCCCCUUAUGUUGGGAUUGCUUUUGGCUAUUAUUGGUGGACUGGUGUAUCUUCGAAGAAGCAAUAUGGAAUUUCUCUUUAAUAAAACUGGAUGGGCUUUUGCAGCUUUGUGUUUUGUGCUUGCUAUGACAUCUGGUCAAAUGUGGAACCAUAUAAGAGGACCACCAUAUGCUCAUAAGAAUCCUCACACGGGACAUGUGAAUUAUAUCCAUGGAAGCAGCCAAGCCCAGUUUGUAGCUGAAACACACAUUGUUCUUCUGUUUAACGGUGGGGUUACCUUAGGGAUGGUGCUUUUAUGUGAAGCUGCUACAUCUGACAUGGAUAUUGGAAAGCGAAAGAUAAUGUGUGUGGCUGGUAUUGGACUUGUUGUAUUAUUCUUCAGUUGGAUGCUCUCUAUUUUCAGAUCUAAAUAUCAUGGAUAUCCAUAUAGCUUUCUGAUGAGUUAAAAAGGACCCCAGAGAUAUGUAGACACUGGAGGAAUGGAAAUUGGAAAAUGAAAAUGUGUGUGUGUUUGAAAAGAAGAAUGCAAUUUGUGUAUUUUGUAUUACCUCUUUUUUUCGAGUGAUUUAAAUAGUUAAUCCUUUAACCAAAGAAGAUGUGUAGUGCCUUAACAAGCAAUUUCCUGUCAAAAUCAUGAAGUAUUUGGAUACGAUUCUCCUUUUAAUCUUCCCUUCCCAGUGAAUUUUAUGGAACAUUUAUUUUAGUAGAAUCAAGUAUAUUAUAACUUUAAAACUACUUCAUUUUAAUUAGAACAAAGUUCAAAACUGCUUAGUUAACUUUUGGCCAUCUGACUUUAUAUUAUUAUCUUCAGAGUACACAUCUAGCCUUUAGAAAAAAAGACUAGCCAGUCAUCCUCUUCCUUCAUCUUUCCUACUGAAAUAUAGUGCUAUCUAUGCUUCUUGGUGGCUGUAGACAUUAAAAAGUAUCUCUAAAUACAGGAAUAUGAUUUCUGCAUGAGUGUGGUGUUAACUAUGUUGUAUUUGGAAAGAUUUUGGGUUCAUUCUGUCUCCCUAGUUUUAUUUAAGGUGGGCCCCUAUCUAAUAAAAAUGUAGCUUAAUUCUAAAAUCAGUAUAACUUGAAAAUUAUCUAAAAUGUUUCUGCAAAUUAGAGAUUGUCGUUAUUUCAUUUGUACCUAAGGAAAAAAAAAAAUAAGCUCAUCUGGUUAAGUUGAUUUCUGUAUUACAGUUACAACAUAUUUUAUUAACCCUUGUGUUUAGGAAAAGUACUCCCCUAGAUUGGGAAAAGAAAAUCAUGCAAUAUUGAGUUGUUGCGUGUGAAUAGAAUGUAAAUGUUUCUUGAAAGCUGUUCUGUUUUUGCUAUUGUUUUAGCCUUCAUUCUCUCACUUUAAGUGGAGAAACAAAGUCAACAUUUGAAGAGGUUUUGUUUGAGUUUUGUCCUUUUUUCUGUCAGUGGAAAUAACCAUAUGUGCUAACCAAAUUUCUGUGAAGAUGGCAAGUUGAGAGUUAUUGUUAGAUCCAGCUAUAACUGUCACCUCCCCCCUAGUUAUGAAGAGUAUCCUGAAAUGCCACUAUUAUGGAAAUAUGAGAAUUAUGAUUGUGGAAAAAAUUUUAAAGAAAUCUUAGAAAUAUUACAUUAAAAUAAUACUGUGACUGCCUGCUACUAUUUACCAUCUUAAUAACUCUCCCAUGUGGUCUAGAAGUCGUAUAUAAUAGAGGUUUGAAGAGAUGGAUAUAAUUGCCUAAGAAGAAAUGUUUUAUGUGGGUUUUUUGUUUUUGUUUUUUGUUAGUAGAUUUGGUGGGUGGGGGAUAUAGUUGACCUCUUACUUUUUAGUGGAGUUAAUUUUUGUUAAUUAGCCCCAUGUAAAUCGUGUGAUUCUGGAUUCCUUAUCUGCUGUUCUUGUACUUGUCUCAGGCCAAAUAAGUUUAUGCUUUGAUUCUUAUGAGACUUGUAUGAAGAUGCCCUAAUUUGUACAGACUGACAAAGGGAAUACUACUGCCAUGUAAUCUGUAUAGCUCCAGAUAAUUUUCCAUGAGCAUUGAAAGAAUGACAGUUUUUUUUGUCUUUGUUUUGUCUCCCUUAAGAGCACAUUCUUCUUCUGUAAGGAGAAAAAUUACAUUCUGGCUAAAAUUUGUAGAAAGCAGAUUUACUACACUUAGAAUAGUGUUGCUUUUCUGGAAAUUUUGAAAUUAGCUUUCAUCUGAAGUGCCUUAAGUAGAUUCUUAAUUUUCUAGUAAUGGUUUAAAUAUUAUUUGUUAUGCAUUUUUAAAACACCAUUCAAAAUGAUACGUUGUAGUGGCAAGGAUAACCAAAUGUCUGGCUGUUUGCUUUUUGACCAUAUCAAUAAACUUUUACAAUCUAAA